CCCCCCGAUGGCUGCAGCCCCCUCCAGCUGAGUCAGAGCCUCCCGCAGCACUGCAGCACCGCAGCUCCUGCACCACCGCGCACCACCGCACCGCCAUGGCCAGCACUGUCUCAGCCUACAAGGAGAAAAUGAAGGAGCUGUCCCUGCUCUCCCUCAUCUGCUCCUGUUUCCACACCCAGCCCCAUCCCAACACCAUCUAUCAGUAUGGAGAUAUGGAGGUGAAGCAGCUGGAUAAGAGGGCAUCAGGCCAGAGCUUCGAGGUGAUCCUGAAGUCCCCUUCAGACUUAUCUCCCGAGAGCCCCAUCCUCUCCUCCCCCCCCAAGAAGAAGGAUCUGUCCCUGGAGGAGCUGCAGAGGAGGCUGGAGGCUGCAGAGGAGAGGAGGAAGACCCAGGAGGCCCAGGUCCUGAAGCAGCUGGCGGAGAAGCGGGAGCACGAGCGGGAGGUGCUGCACAAGGCCCUGGAGGAGAACAACAACUUCAGCCGCCUGGCCGAGGAGAAACUCAACUACAAGAUGGAGCUGAGCAGGGAGAUCCGUGAGGCACACCUGGCAGCCCUGAGGGAGCGGCUGCGCGAGAAGGAACUGCACGCAGCUGAGGUCCGCAGGAACAAGGAACAGCGGGAGGAGAUCUCUGGAUAA